CCUGAUGUUGUUGUUGCACCGUCUGCUUCUUCCCCCAAUUCGCAGAGCGCGCUGCUAACAACAAAACACAAGUGCCCAAAAACCGCGAUAAUAAUUGCCGAAAAAAAUCCGUUAUCACGCAACUCCGGCUUUAUAACUCCAAUAUGUUGCCGAAAAUAAAAUUAAUGCCUGGAAAACGGCUUUCAACGCGAAAAUCAGUCGAUUUCAAGCCAACUCCAGUGGUCCGAAAGUUUAGUGGUCCCUAUAAAUGGGCUACAUGCCAAACAGAGGGACCACUAAACAUUAGGCGAAGACGACGGUACAAAGCGGACAUCGAUAAACCAGCAGCACAAAACACAACGCUGCUAAAUGUUUGUAAACAGCUGCAGAGCGGCGAAACCGCCAGGGGGCGCGCUCGUGCAGACGGCGUUGCCAGCGCGAAAUUUCUCCAGAAAUGCUACUCUGCAUUGAACGCCAUAUUUGAUUCUGCUGCAUUUUAUAAAACCGAAGAAAGCGUGAAUUUUUAAGCAAAAAUGCUAGCUUUUGCCCUUAAAAUAGUGAAAAGAGCCAACCAAAAUAUGGUUUAACCCGGGCACAAGUGAUACAGCGAGCGAACAUCACCAGCGGCGUCACAAAGUUGCGUUUUCGGGAAAGUCUCCGAGCUCUUAAAAAAUGGAGCAAUAUAUAGUGCCCUUAGAGGACCCUGUCUACUCGGACUUGCAGGUAGUGCAAAUGCCCCAAGAUGAGGUUGGGUCCUUGGUGCUGCAGGACGACCAGCAAUUGGUGUUCAAUGAUCAGCAGCAGGUUGUAUACCAAACCGCGGCUCCAGCCCAGUAUCAGCAGCAGCAACAGGCGCCUGCACCUGCUUACCAUAUCAUAGGAAGCGAUGAUCUGGCUCAGCAACAGCAGCAACACCAACAGCAGCAGCAGCAGCAACACCAACAGCAGCAGCAACAACAGCAAGUUGUGAUGCAUCAUCAGCAACACCAAGUACAACAGGUACACUACCAGCAGCAACAAGAUGCCCAGCAGCAACAGCAGCAACUCCACAUGGAGCAACAGCAACAACAACAACAACAGCAGCAGCAGCAACAACAAUAUGUGCAACAUCAGCAGCCCGCCAUUCAGCAUACGCAGCAGAUUUACUACACCUCAGAGCAAGUACUACAGCCCAAUGCCAUUGUCCAGCACAUGCAGCAGCAAAAGAAGCAGCAGGUGCUGCAACAACAGCAGCAGCAAUACCAGCAGCAUGCGCCCACCUAUCAGGUUCAGGCUUCUCCCCAGCAGCAGUCCCAGUUGCAGCAGCAGCAACAGCAGCAGCAGCACCCUCAAGCGCAGCAGCCACAAACGCUACAGCUGCAAACGUCCCCUGCCCAGCAGCAGCAGCCGCAGCAGCAUCAACAAAUUGUUUAUCGUAUGACAACCACCCAGCAACCCCAAAGACCCAUAAGUAUGCUGAACAACACUCAUGUGAUCGUCCAGCAGCAACCGGUAUUGAUCCAGGCCCAGCAGCAUCAGGAGCUGAUUAUGCGCCAGGCCACCACCAUUCAUCCGUACAACAACCGCGUUGUCUACACCACUUCCCCGCAGCAGCAGCAGCAACAGCACGUCCUGCAGCAACAUGUACAGCAGCAGCAAGUGCAGCAGCAGCAACAGCAGUUGCAACUCCAGGCCACCGCUCAGACCGCUCACUUAGUUCAGGCUCGCGUUGUCCCUCAGCAAACCCAGAACGUGGUCUAUCAGCAGGUGCAGGUCCAGAAGGUUCAGCAGCAGCAACAGCCAUCGCAGCAACAGGCGCCACAGCAGCAGCAACAGCCACAGCUGGUGCAACAGCAGCAGCCUCAGCUGGUGGCCACCACUCCCCCCGGCGGAACACAAUUGGUGAGAGCCGCUUUCAGGGGGAAAUCCCAGCGAGGUGGAGCUGUUGUGGGCCGACCCGGCACCCCUGUGGCCGCCAACAGGUCCAUGCUAACGCCGACGACCAUCGUACGACAAGUUCGGCCGCGAGGAGGUGGAGUAGUGGGUGCCACUGUGCCUGGCGGAAUCGUGCGGAAUAUACGACCGACGGGCAUACGUCCAACGCGAGCUCAGUUGGUGGUGCAAGCGAGCGGUGCCGACGGAGGUCAGACCAUGCAAAUAGUGACCCAGGCCCCGAUGAAGCACAUCACCAUCAGCACGAAUCUCGGCCAGCAGCAGCAGCAGCAACAACAGCAGCAGCAAGCUCAACCGCAACAGCAGCAACAGCGCCAUAUCUAUCGCACCCAUAUGGUCACCGACGGGAAUCCCCAGCAGCAGCAGCAGCAUCACAUGCUGAUGAUGCGCCAGGUUCCCAUUCGCUACAGAGCUCCCGUUGCAUUGACCUCGGCAGGGCCCGCUCCAGUACCUACUUCAGCGCCUGCCGCCAAUCCCACGGGUGGAGUGGUCCAAUCCACCAACAACAGCAGUAUUGGCAUGGACCUGGAGGACCGCAUACAGGCGGCAGUCCUCAAGAAGGAGCAGCAGAAGCCUCAGCCUCCCCCUCAGCUGCCUCCCAUGCAGAUAGGAGCCGGCACCACGCUGACCACCUACUAUCCCGGCGGAGGAGCAGCAACCCAGGAAGAGGACCAACAACAGCAGCAGCAGCAGCAACAGCAGGUGGUGCAGGGUCAGGUCCAGGGUAUGCGUACCGCGGGAGGAGCCAGCAUGAGUCUGGCUGAGUUCAAGAAGCGAAAUACCCUCAGUGCUUCGCCAUCACCCAAUCCCGGCCUCACCCCCAUGAGGGCCGCCACAGGAGGAACACUAGUGCGGCCAGCACCCAAGCUGCAAACCCAAGGAGGCGGAGGUCUGCCGCCGGGUACACGUAUUAUGCAGCCCCAAAGGACGAUCCCAGCCCCAGUGGUGGCUCCAGUUCCUACCGCUCCCACCGCCACCGCCGCCGCUUCAUCUGCUCCGCAGGGCUCGUCCGUGCAGCAGACUUCCCACAACAACUUCGAGAUUCACUCGCAGCACGUCCUGAACAACAGGGCUGGCCAGCCCAUAGCAGAGCGCGACAAGAACAGCGCCAAAAUGCUGGUAAUCCUGGCCAGCGGCGAGCAGCGUCUGAUCACCUUCACCCUGCCGCGCGAGUCCUGCACGGUGCAGGAUCUCCUCGAGCAGGUCGGCGUGCCCUUUGACAACGCCACCACCAUUCAGUGCGUGGAGCACCGCGGCGCCAAUGUGGAUUUCAUUGUCACCGUGGGCUUCUCAGUAAACGAGUCUGCCAGCGAGUUGAUAUCCCGGGCGGAAGAGAGCCUGCAGAUGAACCGUUCGCAGGAAAACCCAGCUCCAGUGGCCGGAGGAGCCGCUGCCAAUGCACCCUCCUCGAAUACCGGCCCUUCGUACGCCCAGGCAAACGCCGCCGCCGAGCAGGCGAAACGAGAAGCUGCCAGUUCGGCUAAUCAAACGAAUGCCGUGGGAGUAGCAUCCUCUGGAGCAUCAGCAGCCGCAGCCGCAGGAGCAGCCGCUCCCGCCGAGGCUCGCAAACUCAUCGAUGGCUUCCUCGCCGUGUGCCAAUUGUGCGGCUUCACGGGCAUGGAUCAUGCCCGCUGUGAGCGCUGCAAGCGCGUCUUCCCGGAGCCCCCCAAACGAAAGUCAUAUAUUGCCAAGUCCAGUGCUGCCUCCUCGCCAGCCUCCUCCUCAUCAACGGCCAGUGAGCAGCACCAGCCCCUGACAGCAGGAGCAACUGCGGCGGAGAAAAAACGUGAACUGGCGGCCGUGGCUCGCUACGGCAAGCAGCUGGCGGGAGUGGCCUAUCCAGGAGUUGGAGGAGCUGGUGCCCGGGGCCGCGGAGGAAUGGCCAUACGCGGCAGGGCCAGAGGCGGCAGGCGGGCAGCCGAGGUGGAUCCAGUGGUGCUGCUGAGCAGCGAGGAUGAAGCCGAUGCCGAUGAGGCCAACACGGAGACGGGAAAUCAACCCUCCACAAAUUUCAAACUGAAUUCAAAUGGCAAUCUCCACCAGUUGCCCGCCGCCUUUGCCUGCGAACCGCAGCUGCCCGAGAUCGAUGAGGAGCCCCUGUACAAAGACUUUGUGCGCGGUGACGUGACAGAUUUGUCGGAUAUCCCGGAAAAUGAUCGCUUCUCCAUGUCGGUGAGCUGUAAUUGCGUCCGCUUGGUGCCCUACCGCUACGAGAUCACAGAGCCGAUAACCUUCACCUCGAAAGGAAUCUGCAUCACGGGCAUUGUGCCGGACAAGGAUGCCAAGUUCACGCUGCACAUCUACAAGCACGAGGUGAUCAAGGUAAUAGCGCACUUUGGCAGCGCGGAACCCGCCAAGCCGCUCGUCACGCUCUACCUGCUCAAGACGUGCGCCCAGUAUGUGAAAACGCAGCUCCUCCUGCCCGACGAUCAGGCCAGUGAACAAACCUGCUUCAAGGGCAACAGUUCGUUCCACAUUCGCCGGCUCAUUCUAAUCUUUGACACCAUCUCGUACACGGCCCGAGGCACCAUCAAGGGUAUGUUUAACUGUGUGGACGAGAUAUCCUCAACUGAUGCCGCUGAGAUUUUGGAGCGACUCGCCGAUUCGGAUAAAAAGGCACUGGACAAGAGCUCACAGCAGCCACCGCCGCCGCGCCAACUGAGGGCCGAUGAGCAGGUCAACCUUCUGAUGUAUCCGCCCAAGACCUCCGGCAGCCUUUGCAUACGAAUGGAGGACUAUGUGUGCCUCACCAAGGAGUCGUACCUCAACGACAUCAUCAUAGACUUUUACCUUGUCUGGCUGCGCAACACGCAGAUUCCGGAGGCUCUGCGCGAGCGCACGCACAUCUUUAGCACCUUUUUCUACAAACGCCUGACGACACUAACGCGUCCCACGGACAUGAAGCAGACGGCGGCCCAGAAGCGACAUGCCCGCGUCCAGAAGUGGACCAAGGGCGUGGACAUCUUCGACAAGGACUUUAUCAUAGUGCCCAUAAACGAGCAGUCACAUUGGUUCCUGGCCAUCAUCUGUUUCCCCAACCUCAAGGGACCCGUGACUUAUGAUACCAACCAGCCGGUGGAGCCGCAGCAGCUGAAGCGUCCGCGGGGCAAGAAGGUCUCCCUGCAGAUAGGCAACACCACCAUUACCCCGCUGGCGAAGAGGGGCGAAGGAGGACAGCUGCCAGCCGCCCUGACGGCGGAUAAUAUCUGCCGCAUAGCGGACGAUGAGAGUGAGCGUGACGAGGCCGAGGGCGACGACAGCGACAUGGCCUCGGAGGACAGUGAGAUUUCGAAUUCCGCCAAGGAAACCUCCUCGGCCACGCCCGCUAGCAGCAGCACCCCGAAACCAUCCUCACAGCCCACGCUGUCCAGCGGUCCGGCAAGAACCUGCGGUGCCGACGAUGUGCCCGCCGUGAAGCAGCCACUGAUACUCAUCUUUGAUUCCCUGGCGGGUGCCUCGCGCAGCCGCGUGGUCGCCACGCUGCGCGAUUAUCUCACCUGCGAGUACCGCGUGAAGAAGCCGGAUGCGCAGGCGCACGUCUUCAACAAGGACAACAUGCCCGGCCACUGUGUCAAGGUGCCGCAGCAGAACAACUUCACCGACUGCGGCCUCUAUCUGCUGCAGUACGUGGAGCAGUUCUUCAGCGAGCCCAUCCGCGACUACCGGCUGCCCAUCAAGCAGCUGACCAACUGGUUUGACUUCCUCACCGUCACCAAGAAGCGCGAGGACAUUGCCAAUCUCAUCCAGCAGCUAAUGGACGAGGGCAAUCAGCAGCAGCGCCACGUCCUGCCGGUGAUCGAGUUUCCUACUCUGAACGGCCAGCUGGUGGAGUAUCCCGAGGACACGGAGAGCGCCGAAUUCGAGGAGGAGGAGGGACACGACGACGAGGAGCCGUCUAGCGAGCAGCACGACGAGAACAAUGCUGGCACCGACAUGGAAGUGGAUCCCGGCAGCGAGGAGCUGCCCACGCAGGCAGCAAAAACCGCCACCGUUGCCACUGCGACAGUCCCGCCGACGGGCAAACGUUUCGUGCUGAAGCGGCGCCUGCAGAACGGUGCUGUCUCUGCAUCCAGCAAUGGCAGCGGCAACGGGGAGGCCAGCAACGGAGGUUCUCUCAUGCCCCAGCUGGUGAGCACAUCAUCUGUAGCGGCGACGUCGGUGGCCACAGUUCCGCUGGGAUCGCGCGGCCCCAGCGGCGGCCUGAAGAUACGCAAGAUCGAGCCGUAGCAGGAGCAGCAGCAGCAGCUUCUCCUCCUGACCCACCACCUGCCUGCGCUGCUCCAGCUGCCACAGCUGCGGCAUCCACAUUUGUAAAUACCCUCACUCAUACACACAUGCGAAAAAACAGCCGUUUACUAUUUGUAAUAAUUAAUUUGUCCUCCUUUCACUAUAAAUUACUAAUUAAUCAAUAAAGCAAGUAAAAUAAAGACUACAUUCGUAUGUAUAAAAUACAAAA